AUGGCCCCCGCACUCACCGCCAUCCUACUCUCGCUCACCAUCCUCAUCAGCCAAAUCCAACUCGGCCAAUCCGCAAAGCUCAAUCCUAUACCGCUUCUCACCAAACGAGCCGCUCACCACUCCCUCCAUAAACGUGGCGAAGGUAAAUUUCCCGGCCGUGCUACAUUCUAUGACCCCGGUCUAGGUGCCUGUGGACAAACGAACGGACCCGGUGACUUCAUCGUUGCGCUCAACCAGGCCCAGUACACUGCCAACAAAUGGUGUAAUAAGAAGAUCAAAAUCUUCUUCGGUGGCAAGAGCACUGAGGCCACCAUUGUCGAUGAGUGUCCUGGAUGUCCAGAGAACGGCCUCGACAUGUCCCCAUCCUUGUUCGAGUUUUUUGCCUCCAAGGACGUCGGUGUCUUUUACAUGAGCUGGUCCCUUCUCGACGGCUCGUCUGAUGGACCAGACCCAGCGCCGAAACCAGCUCCACCACCACCGCCACCACCGCCACCACCACCACCACCACCAAAGACCGAUGAUCAACCACCCUCACCCCCACCCAAGGACGAAGACGAUCCGCCAGCUAAGGAUCAAGACCAACCCCCACCCAAGAAGGAAAACUCAUCUCAACCCCCGAAAGAUGAUCCGCCCCCAGCCUACAAAAUCGACAACCCUCCUCAGUAUACCUCAACUCCAAGUACAACAUUCGGUUCCCAAUCAAACCCCUUCACUGCCUUCCAAUCAAAUCCCAACCUCCCUUCCGCGGCAGCAGGUGCCGCCAGCGUCGCCCGACCUAACAUUGCUGCCGCCGCACCACCUUCAAUUGCGCCCACUUUUGCUAACCCCACACCAAUCACCAAUCCGAUAUCAUUUCAACCUGUUGGCCAGAUCAAUCCAAUUUAUCCCGGAUCCUACGCGCCCGGUGGAAACCUUGAUGCGAUCAAUCAGCUUAUUAUCUCCUUUGGAUCUCUGGCUGCGGCCAGUGCUGGUAACGCUUUGAACAAUCAAAGCUAA